AUGUCAAACUCACGAGAGCAGAGCCUUGAUGAGAAUGUUGUGUUCCUGCCGAUUACUGAGGCCUCUCCAGAGUUCCUCCACUGUGAGAAAGAGCGUCAAGCAGUGGAGAGACUCCUCAGCGCAGGACCAGAGGCCUUCUAUAGCUCAAUCGGCACAGAACGCUCUGGCUGCUUUCUCUCAUCAGAAGAGGUCAGCCAGAUAACAAGCUGGGCUCAGGACUAUCACUUCAACCCGGUACAGGUGCAACAACUGGAGAAUGGAGAGGAAGGCAGCUCGGAUGUAAGGGACUUCUGUUCCACUUACUUUCCUUCUCCUUCGGAUGUACCAACCCCAGACCUGGAGCUGGGAUGGCCAGAGAAAAGCCCCUGGGUGCCAAAAGGAACUGUUACUGUCUUCAUCAGUCCUCCUGCUGAGGGGGACCCUCCUGUCAGAGAGGUUAUCAGACGGCACCUUCAGAAGGCCAGCCAAAUAAGUCACUUCCCCCAUACAAUGCAGGUAAUCGCCAUUGCGACAGACAGAUUGACAGACGGUGCAAUUAUUGGGGAUCUACACAAUGCUGCCUCCCGGGGUGUCCCUGUUUACAUCAUCCUGAACCAAAGGUCCAUUCAGGAGAACUUCACGCUCAAUAGGCUCAGGCAUCCGAACAUGCAGGUCCGUGUUCUUGGAGGGAAAACCUUCUGUUCCAAGGCAGGAAGAAUGGUGGCCGGCGAAAUGAAAGAAAAGUUCCUUCUGGUGGAUUUAGAAACAGUGAUUCAUGGCAGCUACAGCCUCACAUGGACUGACGCCCACCUGCACCGGCAGCUUAUCACUGUCCUCCAAGGCCCUGUCGUUGACUCCUUUGACAGAGAGUUCAGGAUCCUUUUUGCUGCUUCACGUCCUGUACCAGACACAUGGCGGGUUGCAGGAACUCAUGAAGAUGUGACUCAUCAGUUGAAAGACUUCUCACAUCACAGGUUUCAAAAACAGAUCUCCUGGGACACUGAGGUUAUCAGCCCCCCUUCCCCUCCUGCUGGUUCCCUCCUGGACUGGGAAGCCAUGGGGGUUAUCCAGAGAGACUCCAGCGUCCUGGACAGCCCUUUUGACCAGCAUGAGGAACAUGAGGAAAUUUUGGCUAUUGACAUACCACUUCAGAACAACAUGCUGUUUGCUAAAAACCCACCCGUUACGGACAGUUUUACAAACAUUGGAAACCAAUUUGUGGAUAAGAAAAGGGUCAGUAAAAACAUCUCCCCGUUGACAAAGAAUGGGCCAGAUAAAUUGACUUCCAGGGAUCCUGAUUAUUCGCAAAAUAACACCCAGCCCUCACAAACGUACCCGAGGCCUCUAGAAAGAGUGAAAAGGAAUCCUGAUUAUUUGCACAGCAACACAACGCCCUCACAAACGGACCUGAGACCUCCAGAAAGAGUGAAAAGGAAUCCUGAUUAUUUGCACAGCAACACAACGCCCUCACAAACAGACCUGAAGCCUCCAGAAAGAGUUAAAAAGGAUCCUGAUUAUUUGCAAACAAGGCACUCACAAACAGAUCUGAGGUCUCCAGAUAAAAUGAAAAGGGAUCCAGAUUUUUUGCAGAACAACACAAUGCCCUUACAGGCAGACCUGAGACCUCCAGAAAGAAUGAAAAGGUAA